ACCAAACAGCAGCUGAUGUUGAUUUGACGGAAAACAGAUCCGGAAUCAACUUUGUUUAGAUUUUUAAAAGGUCGACCGAAAAACGCAGAAAAUUGUUAAAACUGGUUUGCCUAGUCGAAAGGGGCAAGUAGAGUAGCUCGUUGAAAAAAACUGAACUCGAAUUUUCAAUCUAAUCCAAGCAUUUGAAAACAAAUAUGCCACCUCCAAAGGCUAAACUGCAUAAAAACACCGGGAAGCUUAAAAGUAUACCGAAAAUUCCUAGAAACUCACCAGCGCCAGCAGCCGUUCCAGCUUCAAACACGACUGUAUCCUCUCAGUCAAGUGCAUCUGAAUAUGAUGGUCAGUUCGAACUGGAACUAUACUGGUGCAUCCAGCAGCUUGAGAAUUCCCUCAAUGCCCCUCAUAUAAAGGAUAACAAAAAGAAAGUUGAAGACACUAUGAAGUCAAUCAACAUUCUCAAAUCAGCGACCCAACCCCUCAUUAAGAAGCGCCAAAUCAUGCGGACCACAUUCGGUGACUAUCGUGCAAAAAUGGCAGAGGAGGCGCAAACCAUGGCACUGAAUCCGGAUAGUGUUGGAUUUGAUGCCCCGAAAAAAAAGGCGAAAUACCAUUUUGUAAAGAAGGCAGCUUUACUGACGAGUGACAAGGAUUUCCGGUUCAAUUUUGAAAAUAUACAGCUAGAUGACCAGAAAAGCAAUACAUCAGAAGCAAAUCCAGACGUGAUUGAGCCCAAGCAAACUAAUCAGGAAUAUGUGUUCGGAGCGAAGAAACCAUCAGAUAGUCAAUUUAAGUUUAAUUUUUCAAUAGAAGAUUAGUUUAUAACCGAAUAAAAAUAUGUGUUUUUAUAAGGAGA